GUUAAACCCUAGCAAAACCAGAGCUCUGGAGUUUUCUCGGGAAGAUUUCAUGCUUCUUGAUAGAAGGCUCAGAGAAAAUAUUCUUCUUCGCUGCUCAAAAACCUUGGAGGCAUUGUGGCACCUCCAAAAAGCAAGCUAUGUGGAUGUGACGAUGAAAUGGAAGAAGGAUCCCUUCUUCGACAACAUCGACAUCCUCUCCAAAUCCAGAGAUCUCCGACCCCUCAUCUCCCUCAAGAACAUCAUCAUCAAGGAGCCCGAUCAGUGCUUACCCAUCUCCGCAGUCUCUAAGCGCAGCCGCGAGCUCGAUAUCUCCGGCCGGGUGGCGAGCUUUCUUCGGCGAUACCCAGCAGUUUUCGAGGAGUUCACCGGUCCCGAAUACAACCUACCCUGGUUCCGGCUCACCCGAGAAGCCUUCGACAUCGACCUGAAAGAGCGCGAUGUCUAUUUGAGAAGGCGGAUGGAGAUCGUCGGCCGGCUGCGGCGGCUCAUACUGAUGUCGAGAGAGAAGAUGCUACCCUUACGGAUUGUACAAGGAAUGCUCUGGUACUUGGGUCUCUCCGAGGAUUUUCUUAAGAUCCCAGAAGAGAUUUCUGAUGAAUUUUUUCGAAUAGUUGAGGUGGAAGGUGAGGAGCGCUGGCUGUGCGCUGAACCCGAUUCCAACGAGGAAAUUCUAUCUGUUUUACAGAAGAAUGCUAUGAAGCAAGGCAGUUGUGAUCAGGUUACUUUUCCUCUCUUCCCUUCAAAAGGUCUUCGAUUGAAGAAAAAGAUAGAGUGCUGGCUGGAUGAUUUCCAGAGACUUCCCUAUGUAUCUCCCUACGAAGAUUUCUCUUCUUUGGAUCCAAACAGUGAUGUCUCAGAGAAGAGAGUAGCUGGUGUUCUGCAUGAACUUCUUAGUAUUUUUGUGGAUAACUCAGCGGAGAGGAGGAGACUUCUUUGUCUCAGGAAGCACUUAGGCCUGCCGCAAAAGUUUCAUAAAGUGUUUGAGCGCCAUCCUCAUGUGUUCUACCUUCUUCUCAAGAGCAAGACUUGCUUUGUGGUUCUCAAGGAGGCCUAUAAUGGAUGCUCGGUUUCUACAAUUGAGAGGCAUCCUAUGCUGGAAGUGAGAAAAAAAUACGUUGAAUUGAUGAAUAGGUCUGAAGCAAUACUGAGAAGUCGUCGCAGUAGAAAACCUUUGGUAGAGAUUGAAGAUGAAAGUUAUCGUUGAUUGUGAAUUGGCAUUGGAAGAAGGUUUGGAGAAGUGGUUCUGUAAAUCCUAUAAGCAAGCAUGUCCAAAUCCGGAAGUCCAAACUCAAAUCCUUGUGUGGAAGAUCUCAAGAGAUUCUUUUGAACUAAAAAAAUUAGAAUCAAUAUCUUCCAAACGAAGGAAAGGAUGUACUCAGGCUAAUGCUACCUUAUAAUAAGUACCCUCCAAGCGGCUAUCAGGUAUUUCUAUUCUAACUCGUAGGGCUGUUGAAUCUUGAUGUUUAAAGGAACGAGGCUCUACCAUUAAAAAAUGUGUUGGUUGCCUAUAGUGCAUAGUUGAUGAUAAAUAUUUUUGAAUGAUUUGACACCAAAAUAUUAUUGGUUUGAAUCCGUCCCGAACUGAUAAAAAAUGUCAAGAUUCGUGUUUGAUGAUCUUCCUUUAUACUGACACAGUAACAUCGUUGAUUUUUUUGAACACCUCAAAAUGUGUGAUGCCCCUUCAUUGAUUAUGAACCUUCAAAUAAGAUUUUGGUCCAACAUGCAUGGCACUAAUUUUAAAGUUAUCAAACAACCUUAUUGCGAUCUCCAA